UGCUGACGGGGCGAGAGGGGAGAUAUGCAGGAACCACGACAGGAGGUGAGCCGAGGUGGCGAAGAGGAUGGCCAAAUAUGAAGAAGGAUGGGAUGAUAACGGAUGGGCUAGAUGGGUAUCGAAUGUGUAUUGAUGAUGUUGUUGAUCUUGGAUCGUCGUGGACGUCGCCGGUUAUGCGUCGGUCGUGGUCUGCGUCUGCAUCUGCAUGUAAUGUCGUUGCGUGCGCCGGGUCGGGAUGGGAGACCGGGACGUUUUAAUGAGCGGUUGAAUUUUUUGGAGAAAUUUAAAUGUUCGGAAGGAGGCCGGGAUUUUGGGAAGGCGGGCGUGGAGGUGGAGGGGCAGGUCCCACAGGACAGGCCGAGGAUGGAACUGCUGUGGAAGCAGAGGCAGCGCCUUCCUUGUUGCCCGUGUUGCUUCUUCCGCCGUGCCUCCCUCCUUCUUCUUGCCAUCCUUCCUCGAGUAUUCUGUUUCUCUUCCCGUUUUAAAGCGAUGCUUACACCUUCCCAUUCUUUACUCCAGGGUACGUACGGAGUACAAAGUAGUCAGUCAUCCUUCCAUCCACACAUCUCGGGAAGGACCAGAGAGCAACACCUGCUGACAUGGACUUGACACAUUUCGCUCGCACACUCUUACACACACAAACAACACGGCACUCGUACCCUCCACUUUGGGUUUACAUCGCCUCGGAUCGGGCAGGCGGCUACGGCAGUAGCUCGGCUCCCGCGGU